AUUAUUACAUCUCUUUAAGAGAUGACUUUCGGACCUUUCUUUUACCGUCGCUUAUAUUUACUUGCUCUUACACAUCGUUUGCCUUUUAGUUACGUAAAAGCGCAAGGCAACCGGUUUUGACACGACAUACAAGUGGGGGUAUUUUACUUUACUAUACGAGCGUGUGCAAUAUUUGAUGCGACUGUCGGCGCAAAUCAAAAUGUGAACCGCAGUCGCGUGUAGUGCAUUCAAUCGCUGAGAGUGAAUUGCACAUGUGAGAGCGCGCGUGUUUAAGUUCAAAUUGUUCAAAGUUCUAUUAGUGAUUUAGCAUUUUUAAACGCGAUUUAAAAAAGUGAAUAUUAGAAAAGAGAAUAAUUAACUAUAAAUAUCUUCUGAACAUCAAUUGUGAAAAACAUUGCGCAUAUGGAAAACUGACUCUCGACGGCAAAAAAUAUUAUAAUUUUUAUUCUGCAGAAGAAACUAGUUUCAAGCUAUCGUCAACAUUAAAAAAAUUUUGACAGGAUGAUGCUUGGCCAUACGAUCGACGAUUCGCGGAAGAAAUAUCCGGAAAUCACGGACAAACUUCUGGAGAGUCUGCAAGAGUGGGCAAAAAAUCGCAAUCUUCCAAAGAUUCCUGAAGAGCAAUUGGCGUUAUUUGCGCACAGUUGUUAUUUCGAUUUAGAAGACACGAAACGAUGUAUGGAUGCUUAUUACAAUAUGCGAACUACUAUCCCGGAAUUUUUUAAAGACCGAGAUUCCAGACUUGAUUAUCUGCAGCAUUCUCUGAAAGCCUUGGAAUUCGUGGCCCUUCCGAAGCCGGAUCGAAACGGUAACUGGAUAAUUUUUCAUCGACUGGCGGAUUCACGGCCGUCCCAAUAUAUGAUCAACGACGGCAUAAAGCUGCUGUUGAUGUCCAUCGACGCGAGUCUCUAUACAAACGGCUGUUCGCCGGGAUACGUGUUUGUUUUCGACAUGCAAAAUGUGGGGCUUGGCCACUUGACCAGACUAUCGAUAAACAGUCUCCGAAGGUUCUUCGAGUACCUUCAGGAAGCCAUGCCGGUUAGACUCAAGGCCAUGCAUGUGUUGAAUACGGUGUGGUUCAUGGACAAAGUGCUCGCGCUCAUCAGACCCUUCAUGAAGCGAGAACUUUACGAAAUGCUUCACCUUUAUCCGGGUGACGUCUCCGACGUGUAUUCUCAUAUUCCGCCCGAGUGCCUGCCGGAGGACUUUGGUGGGAAAUUGGAUUGCGUCGCAAACCUUCAUAAAGAACAUUGUAUAAAGAUAGAGCAAUUGCGGGAUUAUUUUCGGGAAGAAGAAGCUCUGUUCCACAAUUAUUCGCCUUUGUCAAAAUAAACAAUCAAAAAGUUAUGCAAAUUACUUAUUACUUAUGGAGAAUUCAAAAGAUCGGUGAUGAUGGUUGAGCCAAUAUAUAAUAUGUAAUAGAUAACUACUUAAUAUAUUAUAAACAGAUGAAUAAACAUAGUCGUGACGUAA